GGGAGGAAAGUGGGAGGUACAAAGUGCAAUGCUCGCAAAUGCGAGAAUACAAAGUGACAAAAUCAAAACAGUUCAAAGCCAUAAAAAAUAAAUGCAUUCCGAAAAAUGUGGCAGGCAUCGUUUGAUAAAUUUAAAUUAAACGUGUUUUAAAUGCACAAACGAUAGCCAGCAGCCGAGGGCAGCGAAAAAUAUAAUUAAUUGCCAUUAGGCGGAAUGAAAAGCCCCGAAACAGGAGCGAUGAAACAGUUGUAAACAAGUUGAAAAUAAAUAAGGCAUUAUCGGGGCCCCAAGAUCUCCAGAUUGCCAGUGAAAUCCAUUGACCCGAAACACUAAUGGUGCGGAAUCUAUAAUAAUGUAUGCAAAGCAACUUCGCAAAAAAGAUGGAAAAUAAUAAUAAACCAAAUACGAGACUCACACUUUAUGGGCAUGGGCGGGUGCAUAAUUUUCGGUGGGAUGCUACACGGCCGAUCAUCAUUGGACACUCAGAUAUCAGACCUCAGACAUCGGACAUCGGACACCGAAACGAAAACAGAAAAAUGAAAAAAUGAAAACCAGUUUGAUUGAAUAUACAAUAUAAUAAAACCAAAUUCGACAGCAUUCUUUGGCCGUGCAUAUAUUGUAGAAACUUUUUUAUGAUAAUGAUAAUGAAAACGGCCAAAAACGGUCAACAGCGGUCAGCACAGCAACAAUAACGAAAUACAGCCGCCACAAUGAGAAUAACAGCAGCCGAGAACACUCAUCAUCUGAAUGGAAUAAAACUAUGUUAAUGUUAUUAAGUCACCCGGUGUCCAAUGGGAACUUUAUCUUCCUCUUUAUCAUCCCCACCACCUGACCUUGAGUUUCGGGCGCGUUUAAUUUGUUUGCCACCAGGUGUUUUGAGAGGUCUGGGUCUGAGCUAGCGUCCUCUGAGCCUUGUAGCAACAUCCUUAAAUUCAUCCCGUGUACACAAAUAUUUUGACUAAAUGCCACUUAGCAAUUCAAAUUAAUUUUCAGCCUCCACUUGCCCUGAGCCUGGUCUCUCGCCUAGGACACCUGACUGCCGCCUGCCAGCUUCCCAGGAUGCCAGAUUGUAAGUGGAGUGGCACUGGCCUAAGUCAAAAUUGAUGAGCCCCCGUAAGGGGCAUUAUGAGAACAUUAUUUGAGAGCAAGAGCUUCGAUUGAGAAUACAUAAGCGGGGAUCUGGAAUUCCCGGAGAAAUUCGAAAUUAAUAGUGCGCACACACUGGAGGACACAAAAGAACACAAUCUCCCGAACUGACACACACACACACCACCCAUGGCAGUCAAAAUGCUGCCCAGUAACAGUUCCGGUCUCCUGGCAACCGAUCUGCAACUGUUUCACAAUGAGAAAUUCCUUUUGAAUCUGACCCAAGUGCUGAACAUCUCGGCGGACAACUUGACCAGCCUGCUGCAGGGUCUGGAGCCGGAGGAGCUGCUGCCCACGGUGACCCCGAUGACCCCGCUCUCCCUGCUGGCCACCCUCAGUGUGGGCUACGCCCUCAUCUUCAUCGCCGGCGUUCUGGGCAAUCUCAUCACCUGCAUCGUCAUCUCGCGGAACAACUUUAUGCACACGGCCACCAAUUUCUACCUAUUUAAUCUGGCCAUUUCCGACAUGAUCUUGUUAUGCUCCGGAAUGCCCCAGGACCUGUAUAACCUUUGGCACCCGGACAAUUAUCCCUUCAGCGACAGCAUCUGCAUAUUGGAGAGCGUUCUCUCGGAAACGGCGGCCAAUGCGACCGUCCUGACCAUUACCGCCUUCACCGUCGAGCGAUACAUUGCCAUUUGUCAUCCGUUCAGGCAGCACACGAUGUCCAAGUUGUCACGGGCCGUAAAGUUCAUAUUUGCCAUCUGGAUUGCCGCCCUUUUGCUGGCCCUGCCCCAAGCCAUUCAGUUCUCCGUGGUGAUGCAGGGCAUGGGAUCAUCGUGCACGAUGAAAAACGACUUCUUCGCCCAUGUGUUUGCUGUGUCGGGCUUCCUGUUCUUCGGCGGACCCAUGACGGCCAUCUGCGUGCUCUACGUUCUCAUCGGGGUGAAGUUGAAGAGGAGCCGACUGCUGCAGGCGCUUCCCAGGCGCUGUUACGAUGUGAACCGGGGGAUAAGCGCCCAGACCCGAGUCAUCCGGAUGCUGGUGGCCGUGGCCGUGGCAUUCUUCAUCUGCUGGGCCCCCUUCCACGCCCAGCGACUGAUGGCGGUCUACGGCUCCUCCUCGGGCAUCGAGUCCCAGUGGUUCAACGACGUGUUCAGCAUCCUCGACUACACGUCCGGCGUCCUCUACUUCCUCUCCACCUGCAUCAACCCACUGCUCUACAACAUCAUGAGCCACAAGUUUCGUGAGGCCUUCAAGGUAACCUUGGCUAGACACUUUGGAAUCGGUGGCAAAAACCAGGGCAGGGGGCUGCCUCACACCUACAGCGCUCUACGGCGAAAUCAGACGGGUUCGGUGCGACUGCACACAACGGAUAGUGUUCGAACCACAAUGACUUCCACGGCGACGACGACCACAGGACUAAAUGGCUGUGUCAAUGGCAAUGGGACGGCAACAGGUCCUUCGGCGGUGCGACUGAACCGCGUGUCCUUGGACAGCACCCAGCUGCAGGGUCAGAAUCGCAGCAGGCAGGACCUCUUCGACAAUCCCCGUCGCACUCUCCAGACGCAAAUAUCCCAGCUGUCGUCGGUGGGCGAUGCCCAUUCACUGCUCGAGGAGGAUUUGCAGUUUCCCGGGGAGCCACUGCAGCGACAGCCGACCAUGUGCUCCAUUGACGAGCUCACAGAUGACUUGGCCAUCUCACGGUCACGCCUUAAACUUACGCGCAUCACCCGCCCACCAGGAGUGACGUCGACGGGGGCGGGGGGCGUCAACGGGGGCAUGGCAGGGGGCGUGAGCGGUGACGAGUCGAGUGGCAAAGUGAGCAAGGCGAAAGCGAAAGUGCUCAAGAGCUCAAGCGCUCUCAAGGGUCUCAGGGCCAAAUUCAAUUGGCGUGCCAGACGCAAAGGCAGCCACAAACCGCAGGCUAAGGAGGCGACGGGGGCUGUCGACGACUCCGGCGAAAGGGGGUCCGCCUUUUAGAGGGGAUGUCGGAUCCCCCCAUCUCCCGAAGUCCAUUCCAGUGCCACCUACAGACAUUACACACACACAACUGUGAUAUGAGCAGCAAGCGCCUCUCCAGCUUGUUUGUGUUUUACUCUAGACAAAUAUUC